UUUUCUCAGUUCAGACACAAUCGAGGUUCGAUUUUCUCCUCUCUCUCUCUCUCUCUCUACGCUCUUCAACCAUACUGUUCAUCAAGUGACUCUCCUAUUAGAGUCCACAAGAAAGAAAAGAAAAGAGAGAGAGAGAGAAAGAGAUUUGAGAGAACAUGAGUGUUUCUUUAACAGUGAUGACCUUCAAUCUUCAUGAGGAUCAGCCACCAGACAGUCCUAAUUCAUGGGAGAAGAGGAGGGAUUUGUGUAUCAGCGUCAUCACCAGCUACUCCCCAAUGAUCCUCUGUACCCAACAAGGAGUGCAAUCCCAAUUGGAUUAUAUUCAGCAGGGCUUGCCAGGUUACGCUCAAUUUGGAAUAUCAAGGAAAGGAUCCCAAGACACUUCAGAUGAACAUUGCACCAUCUUCUAUGACAAGGAGAAGGUAGAGCUGGUAGAAGGUGGAACUUUCUGGUUGUCAGAGUCGCCUUCUGUUCCUGGAAGCAUGUCAUGGGGUUCUGAUGUUCCAUGUAUUGCAACAUGGGUGACAUUCCAAUUGAAACGAGUCGAGCCACCGGGGUUUUCCUUCCAGAUCGUCAAUACAAAUAUGGAUCAGUUCAGUCCUCGUGCUCGUAGACGAAGUGCUUUACUCACAUGGCAGCACAUUGCAUCCCUACCUCCUAGCUUACCAGUUGUCUACUGCGGAGGAUUCAACACACCCAAGGAAUCAACUACAGGGCGUUUUCUUCUUGGGAGAUCAAGAGAGCAUGGCGUAGUGGGGGAUAUGAGGGAUGCAUGGCCCAAUGCCCGUGUAAGGAAAAAUGUUUCUCUCAUACGCACUUUCCAUGGAUUCAAAGGUGACAAACAGGGAGCUCUUGAAUAUUUCAAGUUGAUUUUCAGAGCUCUGUGCCUUUGCUGGGAUCGUCAAACUCAGGAUCUACACAUUGAUUGGAUUCUCUUCAGAGGUAGAUCUUUGAUUCCUGUUUCUUGUGAAGUGGUGAAUGAUAACAUUGAUGGAUACUACCCAUCCUCCCACUAUCCCAUAUUUGCCGAGUUUAUGCUUCCUCGUACCGUGCGACUGCUUGAAUCACCUACUCAAGAGGAAAACUAAAAUGCUAUUUGUUUUGAAUCUUUCCCCUCCCCACCUACCGUCUACUUAGCAUUAAGGAUACUAUUCAUUGUUGGCAAGAUUAGGUACCCUACCCCUUUCAAGCACAUUUUGUAUUGUUGUGCAAGGAUCUUCAUUUGAUGUGCUUUAAAAUAUAUAAUUUCAUCUGAAUCUCUCAAAAGUUGUUCUUUGUCUCUAAACCUCAAAAGACUCGUAGAAUGGAACUUGGUUCA